AUUAAUUGGACAGCUGCCACCAUACGUAGAUCAGGACAUUGGCGAUAGCAUAUUGUAUCGAAUGACCAAUGGAAGUGGAGUAGGAUAUGUUUCAGUGAAUGAGUCAACUGGAAUUCUUUCCUUUUCUUUAGAUUAUGAUUCCGACCAAUCGAGUAUGCCAUCUGAAAUCAAUAUAAAUAUAGAUAUUGAAGACAAUGGCGGCUUAACCGACACGUGUUUUGUAACUAUAUACAUACACGAUAUAAAUGACAACGCCCCAGUGUUCAGUAGUACUGCAUAUGUGUUUACAGUCAAUUCGAAUACGCCUUUCGGUUCUUCCAUUGGGAGUACAGUUGCAACAGACAUUGAUGAAGGAAGUAACUCAAUGAUUUCGUAUCGAAUAGAUCCGACCUCAUCACUAAAUAGUUCUUUUAUUGUCUCUAACGAUGGAUUAAUUGUAUCACUGACCUCGUUUUCAACGUUGCCUGCCAAUUCUAUUUUAACUUUUAAAGUCAUUGCUGAGGAUGGCGGUUUACCGAGUCUCUCAGCAGAAGUUCCGGUGACAGUUAUUGUAGCAAGUCCAAAUUCAACACAGCCAACAACGCAGCAAACAAAUGUUUCGUAUCAAAAUAAUUUGAUGGCUAGUGCAACUGAAACAGGGAAUCCUCAAAACUUUACAAAUACAACAGAAUGGACCAUUCUUGUUGCUGUUUCUGCUGUUGGUGCAGUAUUGUUAUUGAUCUUACUUGCUUGUCAAUUUCACCAGUGUCGGAAUCGGUCUGAUGACCAAAAAUACCAGGAAGUCCCUAAAAAACAACAAACGCCAAAACCACUUCCAAAAUUACACAGGGUGAAAUCAUCUUCGAUGAGAGACAAUGAUUUUUGGAAUCAAGGCGCUGAAGGAAACGAACAUCCGCCUGUUAGAAGAGCAAUGUCACAAAAGAUGUUAUCACUUACUGGUUUAAGUAACGGACAUUCAAGGGUGUCUAAUCUGAGGACGGUUACGGAAGACUACGAUGAUAUGCCACGGAUCGUAAAGACGACUGGAGUGCGCGAAAUUCCUGGGUUUAGAGGUCUUACUUCAGAAAGAACUAGUCUUCGCUUUUAA